GAUUCAGUGCUGGGAAGCGACACCUCUGGACUCCUCAACGAUCGUCUCAUGCAGAAGGCGUUUCAGGGACCUUCAGUCCGUUUCCCCGAGGAGAAGAAGCUUAAGAUCGGGAUAGUCGGCUCCGGUCUUGCCGGGAUGGUCACAGCGAUGGAUCUGGUGGAUGCCGGGCACGAGGUCGAGAUCUUCGAGGCUCGUAACUUCGUUGGAGGGAAGGUAGGGAGCUGGGUGGACAAGGACGGGAACCACAUCGAGAUGGGGCUCCACGUGUUCUUCGGCUGCUACUACAACUUGUUUGGUAUCCUCCAGCGCGUGGGCACGUUUGACAAGUCGCUGCGCCUCAAGGAGCAUCGACACAUCUUCGUCAACGAGGGAGGAUGGACGGGAGAGCUCGACUUCCGUAUGGGAGGCAUCGGCGCUCCCUUCAAUGGGCUCAAGGCCUUCGCUACCACCGAGCAGCUCGGCCUCUACGACAAGCUCAUGAACGCGGUCAGGCUGGGCACGUCGCCGAUCGUGCGGGCGCUGGUCGACUUCGAUGGCGGGAUGGACAUGGUGCGAUCACUGGACGACAUCUCCUUCUCCGAGUGGUUCCUCCGGCUUGGGGGGUCGCGCGGGAGCAUCAAGAGGAUGUGGGACCCGAUCGCGUACGCGCUCGGCUUCAUCGACUGUGACAACAUCUCCGCUCGCUGCAUGCUCACCAUCUUCCAGCUCUUCGCCGUCCGGUCCGAAGCCUCCGUGCUGCGCAUGUGCGAGGGCUCGCCCAACACGUUCAUCAGCGGGCCCAUCGUGGACUACCUCAAGGAGAGGGGAGUGAAGUUCAACCUCAACUCUCGCGUAGAGGACAUUAUGCACGAGGUUGACGCGCAGGGAAAGCCGACGUUUGUCAAGGGGAUCGAGGUGGCGCUGGAUGGCGGGGAGCCUGUCAAGAAGAACUUCGACGUUGUUGUGUGCGCGCAGGACGUGCCGGGGAUCAAGAAGCUUCUUCCCGAGAGCUUCCGCAAGCACGACAUGUUCGACAGGAUCUACAAACUGGAGGGAGUUCCAGUCGCCACCGUUCAGCUGCGAUUUGACGGCUGGAUCACUGAGAUGCAGGACAAGGAGGCGAUGAAGAAGAUCAACGAGGACCUCUCCGAUGGGAAGGCACCGGGCAUCGACAAUCUGCUCUACAGUGCCGACGUCGAGUUCUCCUGCUUCGCUGAUCUUGCCCUUACCUCCCCUGCCGAAUACUACAAGGAAGGAGAGGGCUCUCUUCUCCAGUGCGUCCUCACUCCUGCUGAUCGCUUCAUGAGCAUGCCCCCUGAGGAGGUCGCUCGCAUCACCUGCGAGCAGGCGUACAAGCUCUUCCCCUCGGCGCGUGAGCAGGGACUCAAGUGCACCUGGAGCAACGUGGUGAAGCUCCGAGAGUCGCUCUACCGCGAGGCUCCCGGCAUGGACAAGUUUCGACCGGCUCAGAAUACUGUGAUCCCCAACUUCUUCCUCUCCGGGAGCUACACGUACCAAGACUACAUCGACUCCAUGGAGGGCGCAACCAAGAGCGGCCUCUUGUGUGCCGAAGAAGUCAUCAAGGCUACCGAGUCGCUGGUGAGCCUGAGGGAUUCCAAGAUGAAGGCGACGGCAUGAGAGGAGGGGAGGAGCAUGUGCAAGAAUAAACGAGUAGCUUUUAGGA